UAGGCGAGGGAGCUCGGCGGCGGCUCCUGGCGUGGGAAGCAGUGGAGCUGGAUCAGGGAGCCGCCAGCAGGAGGGGAAAUGCCAUUGUGACCUCCCAGAUCCCUCCCCUCCGCGGGCACUGUGAUGCUGCAGGACAACUGCUGGCCCAGCAUGUCUGUCUCGGGCCCCCUCCCUCGCAGUAUGUCACAACCGCGGAGGCGGCCGUAUCUGGAGCAGUUGGGGUGGGCAGGCCCAGCUGGGAGGCGAGCAGGCGAGGAGAGCGGCCACGAUGCGCGAAUGCAUAUCAGUCCACGUGGGUCAAGCUGGAGUUCAGAUUGGCAACGCCUGCUGGGAACUCUUCUGCUUAGAACAUGGCAUCCAGGCAGAUGGAACCUUUGGCACUCAGGCCAGCAAGGUCAACGAUGACGACUCCUUCACCACCUUUUUCAGUGAGACUGGCAAUGGGAAGCAUGUGCCCCGGGCGGUCAUGGUCGACCUGGAACCUACUGUAGUAGAUGAGGUGCGGGCAGGAACCUACCGCCAUCUCUUCCAUCCUGAGCAGCUGAUCACGGGGAAGGAGGAUGCUGCUAACAAUUACGCCCGCGGGCACUAUACAGUAGGCAAGGAGAGUAUCGACCUGGUGCUGGACCGCAUCCGUAAGCUGACAGAUGCCUGUUCUGGCUUGCAAGGCUUCCUCAUCUUCCACAGCUUUGGAGGAGGCACAGGCUCUGGCUUUACUUCUCUGCUGAUGGAACGCCUUUCCCUUGACUAUGGCAAGAAGUCCAAGCUAGAAUUUGCCAUCUACCCGGCACCACAGGUCUCCACAGCAGUGGUGGAGCCCUACAACUCCAUCCUGACGACCCACACCACCCUGGAACACUCAGACUGUGCUUUCAUGGUGGAUAACGAAGCUAUCUAUGACAUCUGCCGCAGGAACCUGGACAUUGAGCGCCCCACCUAUACCAACCUCAACCGCCUCAUCAGCCAGAUUGUGUCCUCAAUCACUGCCUCUCUCCGCUUUGAUGGAGCCCUCAAUGUGGACCUCACGGAGUUCCAAACCAACUUGGUACCCUAUCCCCGAAUCCACUUCCCACUGGUCACUUAUGCACCCAUCAUUUCUGCUGAGAAAGCCUACCAUGAGCAGCUGUCUGUGGCAGAGAUAACCAGCUCCUGCUUUGAGCCCAACAGCCAGAUGGUGAAGUGUGACCCACGUCAUGGCAAAUAUAUGGCUUGCUGCAUGCUCUAUCGUGGUGAUGUGGUACCCAAGGAUGUGAAUGUUGCCAUUGCUGCCAUCAAGACCAAGAGAACCAUCCAGUUUGUUGACUGGUGUCCCACAGGCUUCAAGGUGGGCAUCAACUACCAGCCACCCACUGUUGUGCCAGGAGGGGACUUGGCUAAAGUCCAGCGAGCCGUGUGCAUGCUGAGCAACACCACAGCAAUUGCAGAGGCCUGGGCCCGCCUGGACCAUAAGUUUGAUCUCAUGUACGCCAAGCGGGCCUUUGUACAUUGGUAUGUUGGAGAGGGAAUGGAGGAAGGAGAAUUUUCCGAGGCCAGGGAGGACCUGGCUGCCCUGGAGAAGGAUUAUGAAGAAGUGGGGACUGAUUCAUUUGAAGAGGAAAAUGAGGGGGAGGAAUUUUAAAUAUACACCUGCCCCAUGA